AACACAAGAUGCCCAGUACGCGCUCUCAGGACCGGGCUCAGCCCACGCUGCAGUUCCCCCGCCGUAAAUCCUGCAGGACGCCGUCCCGCUCCAAGACGCCCCAGUUGGAAACGUCUCCAGCUGCGUCGCCAUCAAAGCCCAGAAAUAAACCCAUCGGUCCUCUCUCCCCGAUGCGACCGGUUGCCCACCCUGACCCGCUGUCGCCCAGACGCUCCGCAGCUCAGCCGCCACCUUCCUCUCCCAGCAUGCAACCGAGGCUUCCCCUCAGCCCCCGAAAACGCACCGGUGACGACAACGGCUGCAACCUUGACGCCAACCUGCUGGGCUCGCCGCCGAAGCAGAGCAGGUCUUCUCUGUCCUCGCCGCGAAAGCUGGCCUUCGAUGAGAACUCGCCGGUCUUAGCUCGCCGCCGCCUGGUCCCAUCCUCGCCGCUGAAGUCGCAGACGCUCUCUCCCAACGCCAAGGCGUCGCCGAGGAGACGGGAGGCGACCGCUCGGCUGUUUGCAGAAAGUGAGACAUCUUGAACUCUUCUUCUUCCUCUAUUUUCUUCUACCUUAUUCUUCUCCUCCUUUCUUCAUCUUCUUGCAGGAUUUGAGUCGAGGUUUCUGGGUGUGAAGCAGGCUCUCCACACCGCCGUCCCCGAGCGUCUCCUCUCCCGGGAGACGGAGCGGGUGUCCAUCCGCUCCUUCCUGGAGAAGAAGGUGCUGCAGAGUCUUCCAGGCAGCCUCUACAUCUCCGGAGCGCCGGGGACGGGAAAGACGGCGUGCCUCAACUGUGUGCUGCAAGAGAUGAAGGCCGAGCUGGCUUCGGUACAGACGGUGGUGGUGAACUGUAUGAGUCUACGCAGCUCUCACGCUAUCUUCCCGCUGCUGGCCGACAAACUGCGAGCGUCCGGCGGACAGAACGGCCUCCAGAAGCUCCUGACGGCCCCGGGGCCCGCUGUGCUGCUGGUUCUGGAUGAGAUGGACCAGCUGGACAGUAAAGCUCAAGAUGUUCUCUACACCAUCUUCGAAUGGCCGUACCUGCCCGAGUCUCGCCUCUGUCUCAUCGGUAUCGCCAACGCUCUGGAUCUGACGGACCGGAUCCUCCCUCGCCUGCAGACUCGGCCUCACUGUCGCCCCCAGCUGUUACACUUCCCUCCCUACAGCCGGCAGGAGCUCGCCGACAUCGUCCAGGAUCGACUCUCUCAGGCGUCGGCUGAAGGAAUCCUCGACGCCUCGGCGGUUCAGUUCUGCGCCAGGAAAGUGUCGGCGGUGUCGGGAGACGCCAGGAAAGCUCUGGACAUCUGCAGGCGAGCCGUAGAGAUCGUAGAGUCUGACGAGAGAAAGAAAACAUCUGAUCCCAAAGAUGAAACUAAAGCGUCUCGAGUGAGUCUUCCUCAGGUGGCUCGGGUGUUGUCGGAGGUGUACGGCGACCGCAUGGCGUCUCAGAGCUCAGACGGAGAGAGUUUCCCUCUGCAGCAGAAACUGCUCGUCUGCUGCCUGCUGCUGCUCAUCCGCAACGGGAAGAGCAAAGAGAUCGUCCUCGGAAAGCUUCAUGAGGUUUACAGUCGGCUGUGCGCUCAGCGGCAGGUCGGCGGCGUCGGUCAGGGCGAGUGUUUGUCUCUCUGCAGUCUGCUGGAGAGUCGAGGAAUCUUCGCUCUGAAGAAAGCCAAAGAAGCUCGACUCACCAAGGUGUUUCUGAAGAUCGAUGAGAAAGACGUUGAGAACGCUCUGAAGGAUCGAACGCUGCUGGGAAGCAUCCUCGCUGCAGGACUCCCCUGAUCCUUAUUUAUCUAUAUUUUAUCUUUUUGUUUAUUUUUGAAGAGUUUUGUAAAAUAUUUUUUUAAUUCUCAUUUUUGCUGAGAAUCUGUACAGUCGGAAUAGUUUUAAUUUACU